UACGUUCCUUCCGCUCUCUCUCCUAUAAUCUCUCCUCCAAUCUCCCCCCCUAUUUGCUGAAUUUACUGCAAGAAGCCAGAAACUUUGCGCGUAAAACAGGCCGAUAUUCUCUUAAUGAAUGGAAAUUAAAGUCUAGAAAGGGAUGAACAAUAGGGCUGGCAACCACAACAGCCCCACCGGAUCGCAAGCUUGCGCCGCAUGUAAAUACCAACGCAGAAGAUGCGCCCCGGAUUGUCCUCUCGCCCCAUUCUUCCCUCCCCAUCAACAAAAGGAUUUUCUCAACGCCCACAAACUCUUCGGUGUCAGUAACAUCUUGAAGAUCAUCAAGAACCUCAACCCCGAAGAGAAACACAUCGCCAUGAGCUCCAUCAUUUUCGAGGCCAACAUGCGCGCCAACGACCCCGUCGGCGGUUGCUACCGCAUCCUCUCCGGCCUGCACCGCCAGAUCGCACAUUACAAGGCCGAGCGCGACCUCGUGCUUCAACAGCUCUCCAUUUGCCGAGCCACGCUGGCGGGUCCGAUGGCAAUGACGACGACGACGACGACUCAUCACGCCCAAAACAUCACCCUGGAUCCUCUCAGCCUGUACGGGGUGUCUCAUUUUCCAACUGAUCAAGAACAAGAACAAGAACAAUGCAGCGUCGUCGUUCCAGAUCACGCUUAUCAUUCGUCGCAGGAUUACAACAACCUGCGUUCCAUCAACAACGAAGCAUCUACGUCGUCGUCUUUGUCCGAGGAUAUUAAGCCCCUUCUUGUGUUCGAUGAAAAGGAGGCUGCUGCUGCUUUUGAUGCCAAAGACUCUGUUCAAUGCAGUGACAAGCUCGUGUUGAAAGAUCUUGACUCGGUCCAGCAAGAUCAAGAACAGGAUCUAAAGGGUGCAGCUUCUCUCUUUAAUCUCACAAGUCUUGAAGAAUAAGUUAUAUAAAUUAAGAGUAUAAACAAAUUUCCAAUAGGUCAGUCACUUUGAUUAAUUUGUUGUGUAGAUAUCUAAAGAGAGCAAAUUCUUUUUGUGACACAGAGUCGAGUUGUAUUUGCAGAACUUGUUUUGUCUCACAUUCUUAUGAUCGAGAGCAUUCAUGCUAGUUCUUGUUUUCUUAAUUUCUUUCCUCCCUGUAAUUGGCAAAAUCUAGUUUAAACUA